AUGGAGCUGUCGAAGUAUGAUGACGAACUUGAAAUCAAAGCUCCUGGGACGUUUAGUGUUGCGCUUCCCAGUUUGUCUGGUCUUCCAGAGGUAAAAGUAAUGAAUGGUGCCAUCAACCUUAACUUUUCUCAUAUCGCAAUUACUUCUGUUGAUGAGGCCUACAACUUCAUUAUUCUUGUUUGUCAAGUAACAUCAGUAUGCCUCCCACGAUUCCUGGCCAUGCGGCCGUCUCUUGCGGAACGAAUUUUUCAAAUGUUGCUGGGAGCAAUUGAGUUGGCCGACCUGAAUGGCAAAUUGACUUGCAAAUCUUGCAUUCUUAAUCUCCCAAAUCGAAAACUACCCCACAAGACGGAUCUCGUGAUUGUUAUAAUGGAUUUCUUUUGUCAAGAUCUUAUUCACGAUUUUGAACUCAAAAACGCCCAGGUGGAAUUGGUUAAAUUGCUCCUUCAUGAUAAGACCGUGUUAAAAGCUGUAAUGCAUGAAAAUACAUUGGACUUUGAUUAUGAAUACAAUGAAACGUUCCGGCGUCAGGUAAUUAAAUUCUUCUCCAUUGGAUUUAAACGGAUUGGAACAGAGUCUGUUGAUUCAAUAUUGUCCGAUGUCGGUCUGAUGUUCGUCUCCAAGGAGCUCACCGAUUGGCCUUUUCUGUCCUUGAUAGUCUCGGCCUGUGUUCACUGUUGUGAAUUUGGUCAACACGCUUCGCUAACUCAUGAUCUCAUUAUCGAUUUGAAGGAACAAGAGCUAAAGGCACUAUGGAACUUUUUCAAGGACAUUUCUGAUUUGCCCCAGAAAAAUGGGCUCCUCUUGGGAGCUUCUCUGCAGGUUGUUGUGCUUCUUAUGGUCUUUUCAAAGAGAAAAGGCAUUGAAUUCUCACUGACUUUUUUGCCAAAACUACUAAAAAAAGUAUUAGCUCAAGGAAACCUCUACUGGAUAAAUGAUGCCUCAAUGCGCGACAGAAAUGCUUGGGGAUCAAGUAUAAUUACACUUAUUGAGAUUGCAUUAAGCUCGCUCCCUGCGCCUGAGGAAGCUUCAGAGAAGGUGAAGGAGGGCAUUUUCGAAUUAGUGAAGACUGCCAUAUGCCUGACCUGGUCUCCUGCUAGUAACAGGUGUGCAAGAUGUUUGGCAGACGAAUACUCUGUGUCCCUCCCCCAACCUCUCCAGAUGGCCACCGUUCUCCAGAUUUUGAAUUUCGAUUGGCCUGAUGGUAAUGCCACUCAACCACUGUAUACUCCUUUACGCAAAUUGCAGUUGGCCUCACACGCAGUUCAACAUAUAUCAUGGGACGUUUGCAGCAGUGUGGACAUUACCAAUCUCACAGAAGCCGUCGUUGGAUUGGUCAAAAUGGUUGAUCGUUUAUCUGUCACAUUUCUAAGUGGCAUCUUCAUUGAACUCUGCGGCCGCCUCCUCCCCGAAAGGCCGUCUCAGUGGGCUCCCUUACAUCGACUGUUGCUCGAUCGCCUUGUUGUGCACACCAGUGAAAAUUCUUAUGCCUAUCAGGAGACCUGCCUGGAAGUAGUGGGAGGUAUUGGGAGGCAGUUGGCCAAUGGCAUUAGAAAUUUAGACCCUCUCACCAGUGGCAUAAUUGAUGAAUGGGACAGUUCAUGUGAACAAGUGGGUGGUGUAAAGAGGCCGCGAAUAGGCUGUCGUGAUGUUGACCCAUCCAUUUUACGGGUUUCCUUGAAAUGGUUGAAUUCGAUAAUAUUAUUUGACUGUCAGGUUAUCAUGGAACAUUUGGAUCCUUCUGUUGCUCAAGCAUUUGAAACUCUUGCCCGGGUUUUUCAACUGGAAAAACUAAGCGUAGUACGGGAACUCACCACACCUCUCUUCAUUCUUCUUGUUGUCAAAGGAACUCACGAAAGUCAUCUGCGAAUCAAGCAGUUAAUCGAGCAGAGCCCAGACCUGACCAAUACAGACAGUUACAUCACAAAGAUUGUACAACUCUGUAUCUUGCCAGAUGUCAUCGUUCAUAUAUUCACCAAUCUUUCGGAGGAUCAACGGACAAAAGCGCUUAAAUUCCUGGAGUCACAUCUUGAUGUUUCGAUUGAGCAGUUGGCUCAGAUGAAUGACGUCUCAAGACUGCUGCAUCAGUUCAUUCUUAACCUAUAUCCGCAUCGCGCAGAGGCCCAUGCGGGUCUGUCCUGGCUUGUCAGCAAGGUGAUGAAUCCUCUGGUUAAACCCCUCACUGGCCUUUUCUUGCAGCAACGCCAUUCUGCCCACUUCCGCACUGGUGCUGUGCUUCCAGAUGUUUCAUCCGAUGGUUUUGGUGAAUGUCUUCAACAGCAUCUAUGUGGUAUUUUGGCCUUCUUUGACAGUCGGCUGCUGGAUGACGAAUGUCCCCUGGAGGAGCGAAGACAGUACUUGCUAAGCUUGGCUGUCUUUAUAGACCUCAUCGGCAGCCAAUCUGUAUCGCGAAUGCGCGCUAAGUUCAUUGCCACUCUCAAACUCUGUCUUCGCUACAAAGUUGCUGAACCGCAGAUCGUUGUCCAGCUGUGGUCUAUUUUCCUCAAAACUUUGGAGCGUGAUUCUCUCAUUGAGCUUCUUCCUGACAUUGUGGCAAAUCUGAUCGGUCUCUAUCCCAUAGCUCCAGACUCUGUGAGGAAGGCUCUUACAAGUAUUUUUAUUAAACGACGAGAUCAACUUGAGGAUUCGCUAAAACAGCUUUUCUUUCUUCCCGAUUUACCGGGCCUGAAGGACUUUCAACCCAUACUCAAAGCCAUUUGUCCUUGGCGUGAUUUGUGUGGUCCAAAUGAGGGGCAUCUCGAUCCUUCGGAGCUGCAACUAGCUCCUCCCACUGGUUUCGUUGACCUGCUAACGGCUUGGGUUGGGGCAUUGCAGCAUUCUAGUCGGUCUGUUCGCCGUUACUGCCUGGCAUCGCUUGUGCCAAGUUCAAUUGGGGGUCGUCGUUGCAAUGGUGGACUCAUGGAACUAUCUCGACUUGUUGUCAGGGCUCUCCGAGACCAUCGGCCUUUAUCAAUAGCAUCCUCUAUCUACGAAUCGGUUGGAGAUGGUACCUCUUCCUCCUCCAUCCGAAACCUCCUCUCCAAAUUAAUUGCCUCCCUCAUAACCGAUCUUACCCGUGAUUCCGAUCAGGAUAUUCGUCUACUCUAUGCUAGGCAACGCACAUCUCUUGUCUUUCACAUUAUUCUUACAAAAUCGGUGAAUUUGAGCCAACUACUUAUUUCAUUUAGACUCACGUUGACGCUUCAUACAGCUGAAAGCAUACCUACAGGGAGCAUCCAAACCGCUUUUAAUUGGGAACAAUCCUUCACCUUUGAUGUCAUUAUGGAGCUUUCCAAGAUUUACAUGCGCGCCGCCAGUCCCAAACAAAUGGAUUCCGCAGCACUAGCAAUUCAAGAGCUUUUGCGGUUGUUUGGGGUGUCGGGAGCCUCGUCAAACACUGAUAUCGAAGUGCUGCAAAUAAAGCGCUUUAUUUUGGGUCCAGAGCUGUGGGAAAUGUUUUCCCAAAGUGUGCAGGAUCUUCUCACACCAUUACUUAGUUCAAAGUAUGUUUUGCUGAGCACUUUUUUGCAUCAGAGGCGUCAACUUCGUAUGCCUUGCAGUCUCAAGGUGUUUGCCCUUUUGUCCCUAACCACCCCUAGUACCACUGUUUGUUCUUCGCUUAGGUACGUUGUGGAGGGCUUUACCGACUGGAAUUCCAUACAAUCGCCUAUAUUUGGUCAAGAUGAAUGCCAAUCUUAUGAAUCGUGGAUUCGUCUUUGGUCUGGUUCACUAAAAGUCCACGUAUCGGACUCCAUGGCAUACAAUUUGUUUCAAUUUUGCGAACCAGUUAUAAAAUCCGAUGUUGAGUUCGCCAGAUAUAUUCUCGACCAUAUCGCUCUCCAAGUCGUAAUCGACGGUUCUCAGAUGGGUACCGUCAAGUUGCGGUCUGAAGUCUUGGCGGUUCUGGAGACGGUGGCGGAUACUAAACAAGUCGGAUGCUAUGCUGAUAGGUUCCCUGCUGACUUCCUGUUUUACGGCGACCCUAAGCCAUCUUCAAGCACGCCCCCGAUGAAGCGAAAGGUCUGGAAGCCAUGGUAUCCGCUGGCAGUAGAGACAGUUUUCUCCCUUCUCGAUUACCUGAGCGCGUGGCUGCGGGCUAGAUCCGCAGAUUACGCGGUAGUAGUCGCGGCGAUUGCGAAAACCACUGAUCGUAGGCCCAAUGAUGCCUUCAAACCCAACUUGGAGGAAAGGGCCAUUCUCACUGAGCUCCAUCUGGCGGUGACACGAAUGUCGGAGUUCUUUGACUCCCUACCGCAUUCGGUGCGGGCGCGGGCAAGUCGUCGGAUAGGAGGAUUGGCACGCACUUUGCGAAACUGGGAAUUUUCCUUCGCCGACGAUGAAGUCGCUCGCAAAGCGUUUUACGUUAGCGGCUUCAUUAACCGCCUUGAGGCUCCGUCUGGUCCCCUUAUCAGUGAUAUAGGGAAAGAAAGUCUCAUAGGCCUUCUGGAAACCCACACUGCUCUCCAUAACACUGACGGUCUUAUUGGUGUUUUGGCUCAAAUGCAACACACGGGGAUCCAUCCAUCGUCCAAAUCGAUUGCAACGCUCACUAAAUACGAUUCCAUUCGUGGUUCCCUUCUGCAAGCUCUGCAAUUGGAGAAUGAAGAUCAGCUAGAAAUGGCAUGCACCAAUUAUGAGCACGUUUUGUCUACUGCCCAGAGUAACGCCCAAGCUUGGGGGCUGCACGUUGGUCUUUUUCGUUGCCAAAUGCCCGAUCCUGCGUGCCUCCAGGCGCUAAUCACGCGAAUCGAUGCUCUUCUUACCUCGUAUCCCUGCAGAGACCCCGACAGCUUGGCUUGGGCACGGCAGCUAAAUGAACUUCGUGUGGAGGCGACCAUUCGGCUUGGUGACUGGGAUAAACUGGAUCAAGUCAUGGCUUCAGACUCGCCAGAAUCCUCCUGGCCAGUUGGGCUUGCCAAGGUGUUCCUCUCCAUGAAGCAAGGUCAAAGCGAGGCACGAGGAUAUCGUCACUUGGAUGAUUUCAUGGAUGAAUUGCGUCUGAGACAGAUGACUGUUCUCGCCACUUCCUCCUUAGAGGGUGGAAGUGGUUACCUGCGAGCCUGUGAACCACUUGUUAAAUUGAGUCUCCUUACGGAGGUCGAAAGCAUCAUUGACUUGUCCAAUCGUUUAAUCAAAGAAGUGACAGCUGUUAGCAAGCUCGGUCUGUUACAAUGUCAAAAGAACUCUGAUUUACUCGUGAACAAUCUGCUAUUCUGGCUCGAUGCUCGUGUGCAGCAGUCUAGACCGACAUUUCAUACAUUGGAACCAGUUCUCGCCAUGCGCCACGCUGCCAUGCAACUGGUUACUUCCCGUCUCAAGAUGGCUUCUCCUUCCUCCAUCUCUGGCCUUGGUGAGCAACUCAGAGCUUAUCAAAUACGCCUCCUGGACUCUGCCCUCGGUGACAGCUGGCUUCAGCGGGCCAAACUGGCAAGAAAAGCCGGACAAUGCAUGGCAGCUUAUACUUGCGUGUUGAACGCCGAGUGUCAGGGCAAUGUGGGCGCGCUGACGGAGCGAGCAAAGCUGCUCUGGCAGGCGGGAAAACGCGAGACCGCACUAGCCUCUUUGACUGAAGGUCUCAAGGCCUUAUCAUGUACUUCCACCACUUCGUUAUUUUCGCCGCGCAACCUUGCCCAAUCCUUUGCCAUGCCCUCACCCCACUCCAAGCCGCGCGCAGAUAGGGCAAUCGACGCCAAAUUUUUGCUACAGGUAAGCCACGUUAUCCACGCUAUUGUGAAUUAA